GCUGCAGCACUCUUUUUGCCCUCCACGUUCCAUCCUUACAAGGUUCAAAACAGAUGCAUCUUUUUUGCGUUGUGGAGGUGGCAUUCAAGUACUGAAUUUCUCUUGGGACACUUUUCAGAAACUCAGAUUCAGUUACCUUCUACCACUGCUUAGGUCCAACUACAUUCAAUUUUUCUGCUCUCUUCCUACUUAUUUUCUGCAUCUCUAUCCUUCCCCAUAUCUCUCCUCUUUAAAGUUUUUGAACAUUUCUCUUCCUCUCCCUGAAAAGAUGAGCAGCUCUCGAAUUCUUCUUUGUUGCCACAGAAAUAGACCCCUUAUGAUUUGCUUGCUGUUUCUCUUAUUUUCAAGCUUGAUCCAAGUGAAAUUCAUGACUGAAGGAAGAACCAUUUCCAAACUACUUGAAGUUGCACAGAGAGGAAUUGGGGAGGAGAAGGCUUUGGUGAUGAGGAGUCUGAUAGGGUCAAGACCUCCAAGGUGUGAUAGAAGGUGCAGUUCCUGUGAGCACUGUGAAGCAAUUCAGGUCCCCAUAACAACACAAGUCCAGGGCCACGUAAGAAGCCAUUUCUCUGCUGCCACUCUCUCAUUUACAAACUCCAGAGAUGAUGACAUCUCUAACUACAAACCCAUUAGCUGGAAAUGCAAAUGUGGUAAUUUCAUUUUCAAUCCUUGAUUGAACUGAAAAGAAAAUGUUUCCACUCUCUGGAUAUUUGGCUGGCAACUGAGUACCCUAAUUCUCCUGCUACAUUGUUAAAAUAUCAAAUAUGGUCUGUACAAUGCAGAGUAUAUCUCUUUCUUCCUUAUUUUAGCCUUCCUGUCACAUUUGUUUUCUCUCUGACUCUCUGUUAUUAAAAUGUGUCUGUUUUU